AUGGCAGCUAGAAAUGGUUCUGGAGUCGAGGCAUCGGGGCUGGUUAACACCCUACAAGGCCAUGUUGAUGAUAUUCGCACUUUGAUACAAUGUGGGAUCUGUAUCCGACCCCUUUAUGAGCCGUUUACUAUCGCCUGCGGGCACACUUUCUGCUACUCGUGUCUAUCGUCAUGGUUUGCCGGAGGAAGAUCAAAGCGAACAUGCCCAGACUGUCGAGCACCUGUCAAAACCCAGCCAGCACCAGCCUAUCUGGUUCGAGCGGUUGUACAAAUGUUCACAGGUCGAGCUGAGCUUUUAGACAAAGGGGAAACGACUGCGGACCAUACAAAAAACCAAAGGGAGGAAGCGAAAAAGCUAGAGCAAGACAAGGCGAAUAGUCAUCCGACUGGAGGUGGUUUGUUCGGUGGACUCUUCAAGCCAAAGCCUCCCCCUCUAGCACCCGUAAUUGACGUUGAUGAUGGUGUCGCUCGAUGUCCGCAUUGUUCAUGGGAACUCGAAGAUGGAGAAAACUGCGCAGGAUGCGGCUAUCGAUAUCGGCCCGGUUCGGAAAGUACAGACGACAGUUUCUCAGGUGAUUAUAGUGAAUCCGAGUCAGACUUGGAUGCUUUGGAUGGGAUGGAUGACGACGGGCCCUCGGAAGAUGACUAUGAAGACAUUGAUGAUAAUGAUGCCAUUUGGGGUGGCACCGGGUUCCAUUAUUACGGGCCUGGCGCAGGACCGAGCACUGUUUUCGAUCACCUCGGGAACUUGUUGAAUAGACCUGGAAUGGCCCCGCUAGAUCUCGAUAUCCCGCUGCACCCAGGCGGCUUUCUUGCUCCAGUUUCUUCGAAUGGGAGUGAGUACGAUGAAGAGGAUGAGGAGGACGAAGAGGAAAACGAAUAUGACGAAGAGGACUCAUUCAUUGAUGCUGAAGACGACCACGUACCCACGAGUUCAUUCGUUGACCGCGACAGCCAUCGUCUUGGGGACGGUGAGACGUCUGAAUCGGAAUCAGACCGUUCCACCGGCACCGUUGUGGAAGAUGAUCACCAUGGUCGCCCUCCGUACCUGCUUAGACUCCUUUACGCAAACGUACCUCGCAUUGUUAACGAGGCUUCUCAUGACGAGGGAGAGUCGGAUGAAGAAGCAGAGUCAGAGGAAUCCGACGACGAAGAGGAGGUUGGUGAAGAUUCUGAGGACUCCGAUGAAUCCGACGAAGACGAAGAUGAAGACGAAGACGAAAUUCGAACUUCGCAGCCUCGUCGAGGGUUCCCACAAUAUGCUCAACGAUCCUCCUACUUCCAAGCACCUAGCAAUGCUUCGUGGCUUUCAGCGAGGCCUUCUACGAUAGUUCCUGACUCCGACGAGCCCCUGGCUUAUCCGAAGAAUCUUCGCCUUCGUCGCCUCCCAGACCUGCUCGAUCUAAUGGACGUCGCACAACGCAGAACGGAACGACAGUCAAUAAUGCGAUAA